AAUCCUAACAAUGUGCAUUGCAAUGUCGCAUAACCGCAGACGGGGGAGACGAUGAGCUCCGUCGCCCCGGAUCAAGCCGCUUCGGCAAGAUCAAGGGCCGCGUCAUCUCGCGCGGUUGUGCUUCUCGCCUUGUUCCUCGUCUCGUUUUCCGGCCAUGUCGUCCUUGCCGCCGGCCACCCUGAUUACGCCGAUGCGCUCGCCAAGUCGCUGCUCUUCUUCCAGGGGCAGAGGUCCGGCCGCCUGCCGCCGGACCAGGCCGUCACGUGGAGAUCCAACUCCGGCAUGUCCGACGGCUCGGCUGCAAAUGUCGACCUGACUGGCGGGUACUACGACGGCGGCGACAACGUCAAGUUCGGGUUCCCGAUGGCGUUCACCACGACGAUGCUGUCGUGGAGCAUCAUCGAGUACGGCGGGCGGAUGGAAGCCGCGGGGCCGGGGCGCGUGCUGCACGAAGCGCGCGCCGCGGUCCGGUGGGGCACGGACUACCUGCUCAAGGCGGCCAAGGCGACGCCCGGCAAGCUCUACGUGGGCGUGGGCGACGCCGACGCCGACCACCGGUGCUGGGAGCGUCCGGAGGACAUGGACACGCCGCGGACGGUGUACGAGGUGUCGGCGUCCGCCCCGGGCUCUGACGUCGCCGGGGAGACCGCGGCCGCGCUCGCCGCGGCCAGCAUGGUCUUCAAGGCCGCCGACCCGGCAUACUCCAGGCGGCUGGUAGCCGCGGCCAGGGCCGUCAUGGCGUUCGCGUGGCAGCACCAGGGGAAGUACAGCGACCACGUCGGCGGCGGCGUGGGUAACUACUACCCGUCCUACUCCGGCUACAAGGACGAGCUCCUGUGGGGAUCCGCAUGGCUGCUCUGGGCGACGAAGAACACCUCCUACCUCAACGACCUCAUCGCCCUCGGCGCCAACGACGGCAUCGACAUGUUCAGCUGGGACAACAAGCUCGCCGGAGCGCGCGUCCUUCUGUCACGGAGGGCUCUGGUGGACAAGGACAAGAGGCUGGACCCAUUCAGGCAGCAAGCAGAGGAGUUCAUCUGCCGGGUCCUGCCAAAUUCCAUCUCCCCAUCAUCCACAACACCCUACACCCCGGGCGGGCUGAUGCACCGUGCAGACAACGCCAACCUGCAGUACGCCGCCUCCGCAAGCUUCCUGCUCGUCACGUACGCCAAGUACAUGUCCGUCUCCAACCGCGCCUCCUUCUCCUGCCAGAACCAGAACGGCGGCCAGAACCAGAUCAGCGCCAGGACCCUGCGAGCCCUGGCCAAGAAGCAGGUGGACUACGUGCUGGGCGAGAACCCGCUGGGGAUGUCCUACAUGGUGGGCUACGGCGGCGAGCGGUCGCCGCGCAGGAUACACCACAGGGCGUCCUCGAUGCCGUCCGUGGCCGCGCGCCCCGCGCGCAUCGGCUGCCAGGAGGGGUUUGAGAGCUACUUCAAAGCUGGCGGCGAUAACCCCAACGUGCUCGUCGGCGCCGUUGUUGGCGGGCCGGACCAGAACGACGCGUUCCCCGACGACCGCGCUGACUACGCGCGGUCCGAACCCACCACGUACACCAACGCGCCCCUCGUCGGCUGCCUCGCCUACUUCGCCGGGAGCUACAAGAAUUAAUCCACGAUUACGGCGAGUUUUUUGACCAUGUAUCAUGCAUGGACUGAUGUACCUCCGUGCUUUUGUUUACCCCUGAUCGUUAUAAAGCGUUCGUGGGAAAUUGCAAGUC